AUGAUACUCACCGACACACUUACACCAAGGGCAAUUAUGUUAGCUGAUGAGAACUCACUACGACUACCGAUGAUCGCCCCAAAAGAUGAGGCCUGCGGCCCUUCAACCCCGCCGGGCUCGACCGCUCCCAGCGCCACAAAGCUCAGUAUUCCGCCUCGGAUACGCCUCCCCUCUCGAUCACGGACGGGAUGCUGGACAUGCCGCAGCCGCAAAGUGAAAUGUGAUGAGAGCCGUCCUAAUUGCGGUCAAUGUGCCCGUUUAGGGCAUCGCUGCGAUUAUAGCCCUCGCUUGACCUUCCGCGACGAUACUUCUCGCGUAGUGGAUCGUAUGUCUGAAGUGUCAGUAACUGGGAACGCAGUAUGGGACUCUAAAGCACGCAUUCACUCACCACCCGCCACCCCUAGAAUAUAUGACUCUCUGCCUCCUUUCUUCAUGUUAACAUCAGAUGAUGAGCGUGAGAAGAAAGCUGAGAGCAGUUAUCCGGGCACUUAUCAUGUCAUAGUAAAUCCCGAGAGCUUUUCAAACCUCCCCGAAUACUCUGACGAGACAUCGUCCGUUGAUCUUAGCAUUGGGCGCCUGAAGAUCCGUCGGAGCUCAGGUACCAGCUCGACGCCUAGCCAAAAAGACGAGCUACGCAGCAUUCCUGAAACAAAUGAUCCUAAUACCGUCAUCCUGGAUUGCUUUGAAGAAAGCAACCACCGCUCUCCUCUAUCUCAUGGCACGAGGGCAAGGUUAUCUCCAGCCUCUGAUAUCACUUCUGCAUCUACGCUUGCUUCUCCAACGUUUCCUCCUGAGACCCACAGUGCGCUGGCACUAAAUAUAACAUCUACGAAUAGUAGCCAAGAAGAGCUAUUGCUUAUUCACUUCCGCGACGUAGUCUGGAAGCAACUCCUUCAAGGUCAAUCUAGUCAUUAUCUUUUCUCUCCUAUUUCAAGUCCUGUGACGCCAGGCGUGGAAAUCUUUGAAUAUCUCGCGUCCACAUUUCAACCUUUAUAUCAUGCCAUGAUGGCUGUGUCAGCGCUCAGUCUCGCCCGUCAGCAUCGCAGCAAAAGCAUUGAUGCCCUGCAACACUACCACCAAGCAUUUCCGUCCCUUCAGAUAGCUCUUCACGAUACGAACGACCUCUGCUCCGAUGGCUUGUUUCUAACGCACUUCCUUCUUCUUAUCUACGAGGUCGCCGCUGCUGAAGAGGGUGGUUCUAAUUUGUGGUCCCAUCACAUGUCACAUUUGCUCCAAAUAUCCCUGAUGAGGGUGUCCACUUUUGGGAGUGAACGUUAUCCCUAUAUCGUCUGGCUCGUUUGUAAUAUCGAUCUCCAUGCUCUUCUCAGUGGCGCUGGCACUGGCGACUUUCUAAAGGCAAUGCUCGAGAACGAUAUGCUCCCUGGGAGCGAAAGUCAAUUACAUCCUGUGGCCCCAAGUGGACACAGCAUCAUAUAUCCAGAGGAACACAACACGUUACCCUCUGUUCUCCAGAUCAACCAUGAGACGUUCAUCUUUGCGACGAGGCUAGCUUUUCUUGCCGCCGAUAUUCGGCAGAAAGGUGUUUAUUAUGAUGCUUCACCAACUUCACUGAACUCGGUUGACGCACAAGCACGCCUUUACGAGAUCAGAAACAGUUUUCACCAUUUGUGGGAUUGUCCACAUGCUCGUUACCUUUGUGAGAAUAUGGAUGUCUUACCACAGCGAUCCCGUGAGAUGCUACAAAAUGUAGCAGAGGCUAUCGUAAACUCCAGCCAGUUUGACUUUCGUUUUAUUGUGUUUCCACUUUUCAUUGCUGGUGUCUCAACUUCAUCAGCAGAACAAAAGAUGAUGGCAAUGGAUCUAGUGUCUAGUUUGGAGAAGCAGGGUAUCGGUCGUAAUGCCACAACUACUCGGCAUUUGCUUCAGAUGGUGUAUCAAUCACAAACAGAGCAGCUCAUGACCAUUGGCCACACUGCCAAUGUCGAAUGGGCGGACGUUAUGGUUCGACAGGGGAUGCAGGUUGUCAAUUUUGGGCUGUGA